AUGUUCACAAGCACCAGCAGCUCGCAAUUGCCUUGUAUUGAUCAGGAUGUGAGGUUGCUGAUAGAGAAUGGUAGCAGUGGAAAGCUGAAGCAGCAGUUUGAGUAUUUGGCGUGUGAAUAUGGAUGGAGAGUACGGAGGCUAUUUGAAAGCGCAGAUGAGAUAAGGAAGGCAUCUGAGUUUCAGGCGGAAGCAUUUCAUGUUCCUGUCUCUAUUUUCAACGACGUGUUCCUUCAAUUCUUUCAGGUAUGCUUGUUUGGUAGCCGAGCCAGCAAAAGAUGAUCCGGAUUCAGCAAAACAACUGUCUUAAGAGACCAUCUUCCACCUGAAGCUGAAGAGUACCUCUACACACAAUUUCAUAAUCAGUACAUUGAUCUUCUUCGUGUUGUUGUAAAGGUGUACUUAUGAAACUAAUUGAUAGCACAGGAGGAGGAAAACAGCGACUGCACUGUUGAAAGCAUGCGACAUGCUUUCCAUUUUGUGGGGUUUUGAGUUUCUUGCCCUUCUUCGAGCCUAUGAAUAAGAUCUAGGUGCUCGCAAAUUGUACACAAAUGCUGGGUACACAAGUUGUGUCUCGAGAUCCACCGUGGACAAGUAAUUGGAUUGGAAAGAAAUGUCGUGUUCUUAUGAUCAAAAAACUAGUGUGCCUAAGUAGCCUAAUUUAGAGUAGAAUUCUUAAGACAUAACAUCUAAACAAUAGCCCGCGUUUGAUGUCUGCCUCAAAGAUCCUUCACCUCGACACACCCUGUUAAUUUAUUCCUUCAAAUAGAAAAAACAUUUAUUCCUUCAAAUAGAAAAAACAAUCUUUCAACUAGAGUAAUAAUACAUUCCCACGCAAUAAUACAUUGACAUGCUCCACGUCAGCGUUUUGAAAAAAAAUUUGCAAACUGAGUAAGGGUAAAAGAGGAAAAAAUUGCAAAACCCUUCCACGUCACGUUCUUCUCCGUUCUUCGUUGGCGUCUUUGAUUUCCAUUUUUGAUUUUGAGCUUGUUCAAUCAGUGGUUGUGGAACUUUUUGGUGGAUGUGUGUCGCUCCCAAUCAGUGAGUGUGAAGGUUUUUGUGGAUGUGAAGUUGAGGGGUUUUGCAUCUUCGUGCCACUGCAUGUGAAGUGUAGGGAUUUUGCAUUUCUCAUAAGUGACUUUGAGGUAGGAGAGUUAAUCCCUUGACCUUAAGAUGAAUGUUGUUUUGAAGUUAAUAUUAAUUGAAGUUAAAUGUUUUUCUUUAUAAA